CAAACUCCUCGCUCAGUUUGGAGUUGAAGUUAAGCCGAAGUAGACGUGUACUUUGCGCGUCGUGCCUCCAUCGAAGUGAUCUUUCUUUCGUUCUGUCGACAUUUCUUUCGCGCUUGCAUGUGUAUUUGCUGCAGCUGGUCAACCAGAGUUUGUCUUCAAUCUUGAGCCGCGUCAGUGUCUGUGUGUGCUUAGCAGUGUGUGCAAUCGUUAGAAGUGCUUGACUUAUAAUAGUGGCUAGAUGCUGGCAAUUAUCACAUACCGUGUUGUUUUCCGCGCUCCACAGCAGAUUCACCGAUAGGAAAAACAGUGCCAAUGCCGGUGUGCCUUGGGAAAUAAUUAAACCAAAUAAGUGCGCCGCUGUUGAAAAAAAGAAGAGGAAAAAACACUGAAAAGAAGCGAAAACCGAAGAAAAACCACAAACACUACGAAAGGAGAGGCACAGUGUGGGAACCUGCUUUGGCAUUGGGUGGCAGUGCAGUUGCAUUACAAAAUCGAGCGAGUGCCUUCGGAAAAUUGGACACCAUGGGAACGAAGAUAGAGUACGUCGACUCGAGUCACAUGUAUGCGACUAACUACAUCAGGAACUCGAAGGCGAUUGCAGUGCUCUGGGCGAUCUUCAGUAUUUGCUACGCGAUCAUCAGUGUUGUCGCCUUCGUCACGCCGGAAUGGGUCGGCGAUUCGGACUCGGAUGCUGGCGGUCGGUUGGGACUGUGGCAGAUCUGCCAGAAGGAUGACCUGAAAGAUAGCUGCAGCGGGAAACUGGAAAAUUUGCUCGCCAUGCAGUCAAUCGCCUUCCAGGUGGCUACGGUGUUCUGCGGUUUGGCAGUUGCCACAUCGGUGCUGGCAAUCUGCUGUCUUCUGCUGAUGGUGUUUAUGAAAUCAACCACCGUCUUCCACAUCUGCGGUUGGAUGCAAAUGCUUUCCGCUCUCUGCAUGGUGAUCGCAUGCGUAUCUUUUCCCUUCGGUUGGAAUUCGGAUGAGUUCAGAAAGAUCUGCGGUCCGGAGUCGAAUCGUUUUGAAGUUGGUCUGUGUGGUCUGAGAUGGGCCUAUCCACUGGCGAUUAUUGCCUGCAUCGACGGAUUUAUCUUAGCGACGCUGUCGUUUAUCCUAGCAACGCGUCACGUUCGGCUGCAACCGGAGCCACAGUACCAGAGCAGCAUGUACAAGGGAGAAAUCAAUAACGCCUACGUCACGGAUGCCGUCAGCAUUGCCGGUUCGCGUAAGUCGUUGAACCUGCAGCCGGUUCUACUGGUAGCGCCACCCCAUCACCACAUGAUGACCGGCAACGACACCCUGUCCAGUCGGGCAGCCAGCCGGUACGGGGUCCCACGGCCGGACUAUCACAGCUCACUGCAUCAGUUUCAGCUGUAAAACGGAAACGGAUCUUCUUUUUCCCCUGAUAUGUAAAGACUCGCCGAUCGCCGAUGUAUAGAAGAUAGACUGUUUUGUAUGGAAAGUAUGCUUCAUCUUAGCCCUGGUAAUUAAUUCUCGGUGUGCGAUAAGAUAGGGCGUAACUUUCCUAUCAUACGAUCGUAUGGAGCAACGAACAAAGAUAUUGUAAUUAGCAAUGCAACUGGGUGGUUUAGAUUUAGACUGCCGUAUUUGCGUACAGCAUUUUAAUCGUCCCCCCUGAUACGAUUCCUCUUGCGAAAUGAAAUUUUACCGUCUGUACGAACGAUUCCUACAUCAAAGACAUGAACCAAGUUGCUUGCAAGUUGACCCGCGGCUCGAUUACCUUGCACGCAAGCAGUUGUUGGUUAUUGCAAUGUUAGCAACAAAUUAUUGCAUUUUAAUUUAUUUUCUUCCUCGUGAAAAUAAACUUUUUAAUACUGAUAUUGUAAGUAGGUUAGUUUUAACGGCACACGCACGUCUGAUCGCACGUUGCUGCGCAGAUCAGGAGAGGACCUGCACAGUACUUUAUAGUUCUUCUAUCGCGUAACUUGUUAUUUACAAUUUUACAGUAGCUUCUAGGCGUUGUAGUGGAAAAUAUACGAAAUUUUAGAAUACGACAGACGUUUUUGAAGAGUUUAUUUAAGUG